GUCUCAAUUUUUUGGCGUUUUUACGGUUGUGUAUGGCAUCCCAGAAACGCGUACACACUACAGCAGCCUCAAGACUGCGGCAAGAUUAUCUACGUAUCCUGAAAGAUCCUGUACCUUACAUCACAGCGCUGCCAUUGUCAUCAAAUAUCUUGGAAUGGCAUUAUGUGGUCAGAGGGCCAGAAAAUACACCGUAUGCAGGUGGUUACUAUCAUGGCAAGCUAGUUUUUCCAAAAGAUUUCCCUUUUAAACCGCCAAGGAUAUUUAUGAUCACACCAAAUGGACGAUUCAAAGUGAACACAAGAUUAUGUUUGUCAAUAAGUGACUUUCACCCUGACACAUGGAAUCCAGCUUGGUCAGUCUCAACCAUUCUGACUGGCUUACUAAGUUUCAUGGUGGAAACAUCGCCAACCCUCGGCAGCAUAGAAACAUCGGAAUUCCAGAAAAGGCAGCUUGCUUUAAGAAGUGGACCAUUUAACUUACAAGACAAAAUAUUUUGUGAACUUUUCACCGAUAUGGUAGAGGAAAUCCAAGAAAAAAUGAGAGAAAGAGGAGAGAUGAGGGAGGGACAUGAAACUGCAUCACAGAACAAUAGUAACAGAGAGGGAGAGGUGACUGGGGCUACACGGGAAGGACAAAAUGGCCUCAUCAGUAGUACCCUGGUGAACAUUUGUGUUAUCAUUGGCUUUGCUGCCUUUGCGUAUACAGUCAAAUGUGUCAUAAAGGCUGUUGACAAUAGCUAGAAUUUGCAAGAAAUCAGAAAUUAAUCAUGCAAGGUUUGGCUAAUUUCCAGUAUUAUGAUGCCUUUCAAAUAAUAUUAGUCUCUAGAGAAGGAUUAGGCUUGAAGUGUUUUUCCCCUCAUCAAAUAAGUUCUCAAACAAGCUGUAAUGAAAUGGUUUAGCUGAAAAUCACUCCAACAAUAGAUGUGCUGUAUCUUUGUAAGAAGCAGUAGGAGUUUUAUAGGUAUUUGGCUAUCCUUUAGAAAUCUAAAAGCGGAAAUCUCUAGUAUCACGUCUUUAACCCUUUAACUUCCAGAAGUGAUUAACGUAAAUCUUCUCCCUACAAUAUCCAUACAUUAUUCAGCAAACGGGUAAUGAGAAUAUUCAAACUCAUCAGGUAGAAGCGGCUAUCUUGAUCUAGCACCAAGUUCUCAUAACUAAUUUACAAAGAAAUUUGUAGCAGCUAGAGGGGAGAAUUAACAAUUAGAUCUUGAGAGUUAAAGGGUUGAAGAAGGACACUGGGAAGUGAUUGAAGAAAACUGACUGACUUGAAUUUUUUAGCCUUAAUUUUAUUAGUAAUGUCUCUGUAGUUAAUCUUCUCAUAACAUUUAAUCUUUGCUUGUAUUGAGUUUGAUCAAAUUUUUGUAGUAAUCUGUUAAAAUAAUUAUUUCAAAUUAUUUUCAAAUUAAUCAAGGAUGUCAUUGAAAGAUAAAGAAUCUCUAGAAAAAUUGUUAUAGGUAUAUUUUUGGUCGAGUGUCUGUUGAUUCGCCAGUUUUGCUUUGCAUUUGAAGUUUGGUUUAAGUUCUCUUGAAACUGUUUCACAGCUGAAGUUUGAAAAGAUCAGGGAGGGGCCUCCUUUCAAAGCUGUGUUUCUUUUUAAAAAUUAUUCAAGGUAUUCAAAAAAAAAAACUGAUUAACCUUCGUGUCAUCACCAGUAUGAUAACUAGCGAAGUGUGUUCUUUUGCUGAUAGUGUUGUUGCUUACACGUUUACCGUCAGAUUAUGAGGAAGAAGUAAACUUUUCCCAGCCAAUCUUGGGAAAUUA